GUGAGACAGCAGUGGUUGUGUAUUGCUGCUGAUGAGAGAGAGAGAGAGAGAGACAGAUAUAACUGAAACAUCAUCCGUCGACUAAGACAACAAGACGCACUUCAAAAUUUGAAUGUCAGAUUAACGGAUAAAACCGCUGCCGAAGGAUUACAAUAAACAGGAAACGCACUUUAUUUGUGGGAUUAUCGGUGGUCUCGAGAUCAUUUUAUCCCGCUAACAGGCUAAUAACAAGCGCAGGUGGAUGACUCGCGCGACUCGACCUGGAUUUUCGCACGUGAUAUUGUUUAGAAGAUAAAUAGAGGAAUUAAACAUCCACAAUCGAACCAAAUGAACGGAUUCAAUAAACACAGACGGAAGUCUUCUGAGUCACACCAAGAGUCGUCUUUUAAAGAGUAAAAUUAAAUGUGAGGUGGUCGAAAGGGCCACUAGCUAAACAGCUAGUCAGAUGUUGAGGAUGCUAAUCUGUUAUUAAAUGGUUUUAUUUCCGUAAUCUGAGAACACACAUAAAGACAGCUAAUUAAAAACAUAUGGUCUGCUUCUGUGCCCUUGCAGAUAUGUUCAGACUGAGAAAAUCUGGUUUAUCUGAAAUUACUGAAAACACUGCCUGUUAAGUUUUCAACUGUGUUUUGUGCCAGGGAAUCUUAUAAGAAGGCUUUAAUACUUAUGUGGUUAUUAAAGGAACGUGUCAAGCCUGUUAUUAGUAAAUCAUUAUUGUAACAUUACACGAGAUUUGCCUAUGAGGCAAGCACUGGUAAGGGAAAUUCAAAGGUACUAGUAAAGACAAAAACAUACCUAGUCCAACAUUCUGAGUUAAAAGUGUAUUUGAAUAUGCUGUGAAACAUUUAUAGUGAUAAAGCUCUCUAUUUUCUGUAAUUGAUUGUAUUCUCCUAUAUGUUUACAGAUUCUAAGCUUGUGUUUUUAAUUAAUAUUUUCUGAGUUUAGUUUUAUAUGGGCAGUAAUCUUGAAUCAAGUAAUCUUUUGUGAUAUUGAGAUGUGGAUCAACAUUAAAUGGAUUAGAUGUGACUGUUUGAAAGCGGAAUAGGGAAGCGGGGGCAUUUUUUUCCUUUUCUUAUGGAGAGCUUUGCAUAUAGGAAAAAUAUCCCAUCAGGUAACCUGGUGCUAUGCUAUGGCAGUGAAACAUUAUCCCAAUUUCUGCAUAAGUAAACAGUAGCAGUUGAUUAUUUACAGAGAAAGUGGACUUUUAUGCAUGGGUAUCGACAAGGAUAAUUCUUUCGGUGCGUAUGCUGGAAGAGGUCACCAAUUGCUUUUGAAUUCCGAACAUUAUUACCUUGAGGGAUCAUAACAAAGGAUUGGAAUAUUUACAAUUUUCAGAAGAGAGAACACCACUUCUCAAUGGAGCAAGUUCUCUCCAGCCCUCAAGGGUGUUCCGAGUGGGAGGUGAGUGGGACAGGAGAGUGGGAAUCUGACCAGAAUCCCCUUGGAUUUUUCCUCAUGGAUAAAGAUAACAAUUCUGUUGGUGAUUCUGCAGAGAAUAUUGACAGACAUCAAACGCCCCUGAGCUUUGAUAAUAUUUUUCAGGAGAAUGCCAUAAACUUAGAUGAUUUAUUUUGGGCCUCUCAUUAUUCCGGGCAGACCUAUCCAUGGCAAAAUGGUCUGGAAUGUGUCUGUCCUGAAUGGGAGACUCAGUCUUCUCAUCCCCAAGACCUCAAAGGUGAGGGAUGUCCUGGAAGUUCAGAUGUUGUUGCUGGAGAUCUCAUCAGUUUUAAUUCAACGUCUACAAGUCCUACAUUCUCAAAAAGACCUGUGCAGACUCAAAAUAGCCAUUGUGACUCACCUGAGCAGGUUUUCAUGGAACCCACAGAGGAUACUGCCACCAUAAACCCUUUAGAAAUACAUACUGAUGGGCCAGACAUUGCUGACUUUGGCUUUCAGACAGAGAAAACACUAUUACAAGAAACCAACCUUUUGCUUGAGGACACACCUUUAAGAAACUGUGAAUUUAGCCAUAAUUCCCAAGCGGAAUGGACAUUUGUGAAUGAGAACAGUCAGAGCUCACUUCCACAUGGGACUAAUAUGACUUUGGGAUCUGAAGGCUUGUUGUCUAUUUCUCCAGUAGAGGUGCAUUGUACCGAUACACAUUCAAAUCCCAAGCCUAUAACAACAUGUCAGACACCUCCACCUUCAUGCAAACAAAGCUACCUCAAAUCCUCUGCACUCCCUCAUGAUCCCAUCCCUCUGGUGACAUGUGCAGAACCACUUGUCCCAUCAUAUAAUGAUGGCAGUGCACUCCUUCCAACGGAUGAGGUAGAGAUUUUGUUACCCAAGCUGCUUGUUGGAGGUCUGUACAGCUCUGAACAGGAGAGUAAUAAGCCCUCGAGUAGUAACAAGACCCUUGAUAAUGAUCCCCAGAGCCAGAAGAGAACAGACGCCAACAUAGAAACCAGUGAAGAAUCUAAACCACCAUCAUUUGGGUCAGAGACUGUAUGGGAGAGACUUUUAGUACAGUCUUACAUAUCACCUGAACCUUUUGAGGAAAUUUUACCCGAUUCAUCUACAGAGAACACUUAUGACAUAUCGUUGGAAAUGGUAGGUAAAGAGGUAAAGGAAGAGGCCAAGCAAAAUGCUAACAACAGUCUGUCUGAAGCUAAUACAGAACUCAAUUCAAUCACCCGUGUACAUUUACAAGUUGAAAGUCCUUUAACAGAAAGCCCACCUGAGAGUGAGUCACCAAUGGAGUCCAAAUCAGCCUUAUUAGUCAGCAUACCUGAACAUUAUGCCUUACUUGAGCUCUCACCUGAGUUUGACACCUUGCCAUUGGUCCACAGUCUGGUUAUGCCCAAAACCAAUGUUGAAGCCUUGUCUGAGUUGAACCAUGACAAAAAUGGAGACCUUAUUCCUGACAUCAUGUUUGACAUUUUGACAAUAGACAGUGUCUCUUGUGAAGAUGUACCAUCUUCAGACUGUUUAUCUUUUGAAACGGACAAUGCACAGUCAACAACAGAACAGGACCAACAGUGUGAUCCAAACUCACCUGAUCUCAUAUCUGAUGCACUCACAAAUGAAUUUCAGAAUGAAAUAAUGACUCCAGAAACCGAUAACUCAGACGGUGGCCUCAAGGCAACAGAGAUACUGUGUGCAGACAAUGCAACAGAUAACAUUGAGGAGCCAAACGCACUUUCACAUUUCCAAAAUCAGGAGGUUACAACUCUCAAGAGUGAGUCAGACAAUUUGCAAAAAAACAUUCAUUCACCGUUGCUUUGCAAUAGUGCUUUAAACUUAGAUAGCAGCAUAGCUGAUAACAAUCAAGAAUCAAAUACAUUAAAUGAAGUCUGUCAGGAACAAAUCACCAUUCAACAAAAUCCUCAGAGUGCACUUGCGGAAAAUCUUACGCCUGUGGACCAACUAAAUGACAGCUUGACUGCGAAAUCAAGUGCGCUUGUAAAAGAUACACCUGAAGAAAAUGUAACACCUCACCAUGACAGUCACAAUACACCACUGAAUCUUGAGAAUAAACUUUACAGUGUGUCUUUACAAGAUAUGGAGAGAUCCGAUUGCAGAACGUCAAGUCAGAAUCAAGUCAUUCCUGAUUGUGCAAGUAAUCCUGAUUCUGUAGAGCCCACUCCCUUUACCUGUAUAGGAGAUCAACUGACCACGACGGGUGGACUUGUGGAGUGGGAUCAAGGAGAGACCAAAGGGACUUCUAGCCAAUUGAGUGAGGCUACAGUAGAGGGUGCAAGUAAUCCUGAUUCUGUAGAGUCCACUCCCUUUACUUGUUUAGGAGAUCAACUGACCACGACGGGUGGACUUGUGGAGCGGGAUCAAGCAGAGACCAAAGAGACUUCUAGCCAAUUGAGUGAGGCUACAGUAGAGGGAGCCCCGCCUACACAUCAGGAGGAUAUCACACAUCAGGUGAUACUAUCACAGAUAGACCUGCCACAGGAACAACAAGUGAGUUCAGUGGCCCCCAGCUCUCCUUCUUCACAUAGAAAUGUCUUUCCCUGUGGACCUAGUCUGGACAGAGAGGCCUGUCUGACCUCAAUGGAGAAUAAUUCUGAUACUUCCAACAUUCCCAAACAUGCAGAAAUGACUCUGGAUCUUUGCAAGGCCUCUGAUUCUCUGCCAAUCAAGUCACUCCAUGACCAGAGAGUCCCUGUGGAUUUGAUAAAUGUGCCUAUAGUUUCUUCAUCAGCCUGUAGAGAUGAGGAACAGUCAGCCCUCCGAGCAGUAUUCCAGGCUUUGGAUCAGGACAGAGAUGGAUUUGUCCAUAUAGAGGAAUUUAUAGACUUCGCAAGAGCAUAUGGAGCCGAACAGGUGAAGGAUCUGACGCGGUUCUUGGAUCCCAGCGGUCUGGGUGUGAUCAGUUUUGAGGAUUUCCACAGAGGCAUCAGCGCAAUUAGCAGUGAAGGUUCUGAUCCAGAUAUUUACAAGACUCAGUUCAGUGCAGUGGAAGCCAAUGGACCUCCAGAGGAGUAUGAUGAGCAGGCGGAGGUCUCUGACAGUGCCUAUCUGGGGUCGGAGAGCGCUUACAGUGAGUGUGAAACGUUCACGGAUGAGGACACGACGGCUCUCGUUCAUCCAGAACUCCAUGAGGACGUGGAAACAGACAGCGGCAUUGAAAACACACUUACAGAUGGAGAUGACCGCAACGGUUUCACCCUGGGCUCUGAUUUGAAUGGCCAUACCCUAGUGGCUGUGAUUGGAGGAGAGGAGGAGCACUUUGAGGAUUUUGGAGAGAGUAAAAACACGUCAGACCUGCCGCUGGCCAAUCAGGAGGAGGGGAGGAUGGCUCCAGAGGGGGAGGGAGAUGCAGAGCCACAACCACACCUUGACAGUCCACUGCCCCGCCCACUGAUGCUGCUGUCACCUAGCCCCAGCUCUUUUCCUGCUAGUUUUCAGAGUUUCCUUCAGUCUGAGGCGAUGGACUUUUUCUGCACUCACUGUCAUAAGCAAAUCAGUCGUCUGGAGGAUCUGUCCACUCGACUGCACUUACUAGAGAUGAAUAGUUCCAGUAAGAGACUGUCCAGUAAGAAAGCAGCAAGACAUUUGCAGCAGUCCAGCACUCUGGAUGUAAUGGGAGAUCUGACCCACGAUAUUUUGGAUCUUGCGGAUCGGGACAUCACUGACAAGGUUUUACUGUUGGAGAAACGUGUGUGUGAGCUAGAGAAGGAUUCGUCGGAGAGUGAAGAGCAGCAUGCGCGUUUGCGACAGGAGAAUCUCACGCUCGUCCAUCGUGCAAAUGCUCUGGAGGAACAACUGAAAGAACAGGAGCUGCGUGCAGAGGAGAACUUACUUGUACACAUUCGUAAACACAGAGACGCUCUGACCAAACUAGAGCGAGACAGAGAUGUGGAGAUCGAAAACCUUCAAGCCAGGUUACAACAGUUGGACGAGGAGAAUAGUGAGCUGAGGUCAUGUGUUCCCUGCCUGAGAGCCAACAUAGAGAGACUGGAGGAGGAAAAGAGGAAACUCCAGGAUGAGGUGGAGGAUGUCACCGAUCGAUUAAACGAAGAAAUCGAGUCCCGCAGGAAAAUGUCAGAUAAACUGAGCCAUGAACGUCAUACCAACCAGAAAGAGAAGGAGUGUACUCAGGGGUUGAUCGAGGACUUGAGAAAGCAGCUGGAACACCUGCAGCUGUUUAAGCUGGAGACAGAAGCAAGAAGAGGCAGAUCGGCAAGCUCAGGUCUCCAGGAAUACAACACACACAUGAGAGAGAAUGAACUCGAGCAGGAGAUACGCCGACUCAAACAGGACAAUCGCAGUCUGAAGGAACAGAACGAUGAGUUGAACGGUCAGAUUAUUAAUCUGAGUAUCCAGGGAGCAAAGAGUCUCUUUACCGAGUCUCUCUCUGAGUCCCUCGCUGCCGAGAUCAACAACGUCUCCCGUACCGAGCUGAUGGAGGCGGUCCAUAAACAGGAGGAGAUCAACUUCCGUCUGCAGGAUUAUAUCGACCGCAUCAUCGUCGCAAUCAUGGAAUCCAACCCCUCCAUCCUGGAGGUCAAAUAAUCGCUGUGAUUGAUGACCUCUAUCAUGACCCUACCAUUCUAGGGUCAUUUAUAAACUGUAACAACUUCAGUGGGGAGGAGAAAGGCAUAUCAGACAGACCUGGAAAGGAUGUGAAGAAUUCAUUCACUAUGUUGAUCAAACAUUGCUUUUACUCAUAAAAUGAUGUAAUACGUCAGAGCACUGUCUGAUGUACGAGUGUGUGUGAUUGGUCCUUUCUUUACUGCAAAAAAUAAUCCUCUUUCGUUGUUUAGUAAAAAUAUCUAUAUGUCCUCAAAACAAAAUAGAUUAACCUGAAAAGCAAAAUUGCAAAAGAUAUUAAGCCUUGUUUUCAGAGAAUAUGUAUUUCUUGAAUUAGGUUUAUUUUUCUAACCCCAUUGGCAAAUUGUUUCAUCUUGUUUUAGGCAUAAAUCUAACAAACUUCAGUGAGGUUUAUGGUUUGUUUUCCAAAUAGGUCAGCAAAAUAAACAUAAUUUAAGAUUAAUAAGCCUUAUUAUCUCACACAAGAAAACGUAUCUUGUUUUGAAGGAUGUAUAAAUAUUUUUACUGCAAACUGUGACAAAAAUAGAUUAUUUCAUGCAGUAUUUUGGUUCCUGUGACUUCCCUAUGUUGGGAUUGAGGGACCUGUUUCCCGUUUAUGUGUGCAAAAUAAUGUAUGUUUACACUGACAGUCAGUGUGCACAAUCGUUUAAUUCAUGCAAAAAACAUGCAUACACAGGCUUGUGCAGUGUUUAGUGUUUUUAAGUUAAAUACCAGUGUAAUUCUGGGUAAAACAGUCACACCUUUAGCCCAUUUGAGGGACAUUUGCUGACCUGAGGGAUAAACGUGUGUAUUUGUUUGCAUUUUGACUGUUGUUAUGAUUUAGCUCUUAAAUGAGUUUGAUGACCACAGGUUUGUUUUGCUGAAAUCAGCAGCUUAUAUAAUGAAGUUAUAUAGUUUAUAUAUUUUUCUUUUACAUUUUUAAUUUAUUAUGAUGCAGAAUGCAAAGGAACAAAGAGACCAACAUCCACAAAUCCUCAUGUAUGUGAGGUUAAGGGGUGUUGAAGUGGUACAUUGUGGGUAAUCUUGUCGGUCCUGUGCAAUUUCUUGCAGAGUUGCAUAGCUGGAUAUCCAUCUGCCUCCUUCAUCCGGGAUUAUUUCAGGAAUACUUUGACAAAGAGACUCUUUGAAACUUAGAAACGUUCACUGGAGCAAACUAUGAAUUGCACUCUGAUAUUUUAUUUAGAGAAACUAUUCUUUACUAUUUAAAAAAACAGCAAAAAGCACAUAAAGUUCAAAUAAGGUGAAUCAAAAAGUGAAGCUGUUUUAAAGGAAGAUGAAAAAAAGGUUAUUGCUGGGGAAAAGGGGACACUUUUAUUCUUCUGCAGCUUCAAGCACUGAAUGGAACUCAGAAAACCUUUAACACACAAGAGAAAUGAGACUUUUCAACACUUCUGUCGUUCCUUUACUCUCUCUGCUGAACUCGGGUGUUAAUAUUAAUCUACAACAUUUUUAUCAUUCUGUCAUUGUUUUUCACCAUUUUUAUGGGCCAAAGGAAAUGAGAAUGUUCAAUUUUGUCUUCCACUAGAGAAAUCUCUCACCAUUUGUUCCAGUGCUUCAUUAUGGACAGACAUUUCUCUCAUCAGGCAGAAGCGCAUUUGAUUUUCAUUGAUUUUUCUGGGAGGAACGGCCAGUGAUGCUUUCAGGAUUGUUGCGAGAUUCCAGUGGAGAUAAUUUUCAUUUUAUUUUGAAUAACAAAAGAUUGAAUGCUGUCCUCAGAUGAGACUUUUUGGAUUGUGCAAACGCUGCAGUCUCUUUCUUUGUACAGUACGUUCACGCUGCACAUUUAUUUUUUUCUGUUCCCUUUAUUCUGACAAAAAUAUCUCAAUUUUGUUGCAUCGGAUAAGUUCAUAUGAGGGUUGUUUUCUCAGAGAGGAUGGUGGAAUACAUUUAAGGACAACUCCACUGUCUUCAACGUCAUUGACCAAAGAAGGAUCUAACCUUCUCGUCCAAACGGUCUACUGCUGUUAGUGUCUAUAUGGCUGUUUUAGAGCUACUGUAACUAUUUAGAUGAACACAUUGAAGUAUGGGAACAUUUCUGCCUAUAUGAACUUUGGGCUUGUUUGUGUCUUCAGCUGUCUCAUUUCUUAAUAUACUUACAGAGACAAUAAGGGAAGAACUGAAUUUAGUGCUAUUGAUCUGUCUGAUGUUCUCCUGUUUGAAAAUAUGUAUGAAAAUAUGAUUUAAGGAAACAAUCUUUCAUGUGAACACACAUUUCCAUUGUCCAAAGAAAACAUUUCACAACUUAGGAGUUCUGCUUGCUACUUAGACUUCAAAAGACUAAUAAUAGCUGUAAAUAAGUGUUAAUUAAAAAAAAAAAAAAAAAAAUAGAACUGAAGGACUCCAUAAUGAAGUAUAAAAAUGUACAAAAUGAUGUUUACUCUUAAUUGUUAAGGUAACUGUAUAAAUGAAAAAUAUCAGUAUUGUCUUUUGUUGAAUGAUUUGCUUUAUUUUGAAGAUGCCCCCUAAGAUGUAUCUUUUACUGUUCGGGGUCUUAUAGAUUUUCAAAUAAUUGUAUGACGCUUAAAGAGAAGUGAAAAUAAAAUUAGUCAUCAAUAAUUUAAGUGAAAAUA